CCUAACGCUCCCUCCUCCCUUUCCGGCGUUCUUAUCCGACAGUGUCUUUCCGACUUUCGUGGGGGUAGCAUCUUUGCGAAUCUUGGGCCCGGGAGUGAACUGAUGACGCAAGCUCCCUGAGAUAGAGCGUUUCACAAAUCUGCAUCCCUGUCAGACUAGCGGCUCCUUUCAUCAGCUGAAGCGGGCAGUUGUCUUCAAAAAUAGUCAAGAGAGAUUUCUGUGAUGGUGAUGAUGGUGAGUGUCCUGAGCCUGGCCACCAUCAGCUGCGACCGCAUGGUGGGUGUGGUGUACCCUUUCCACCGCCACCUCCGGGCAUGGCAGUCCUUUAUCGUUAUCGGGCUUAUCUGGGUCGUAUCGGCUGGUAUUGCAGUUCCUUUCGGCCUCUACAGAGAGUAUGCGGUACACAAGUGGCGUGACGUGACCGAACGCACCUGUGAGGAAGCCAACGAGAUGCGUGUCUGGUGGCUUGUGAGCAUCGUCGCCCUCACCUGGGUUCCUCUGGGGGUCAUGCUGGCUUGCUAUGCCCUCAUCUUCAUCAAUUUCAACAAGUAUAAGAAUAAGGUCAGAGGCAGAGACGUACGACACCCUCAUGUCCGUGUGCCAGUACAUGAUGUACAUCAACCCUCCGUGAACCCCAUCGUCUACGCCCUCAUGCACCACAACUUCAGGAGAGCCUUCAGGGUCACUUUCGCCUGCGCCUUCAAGGGAAAGCCGCCCUUCGUGCUGACGCCUGGCCACGGGACCCAGAAGUACGUGUGGUCAGCCCGGUCAGGCAUCAGCAGAAAUCGCAACCCGGGGAGAUCGCCGCCCUUCCACCGCCUCCGCCGCCAGGGCUUCAGAAAACCAGGCGAGGCAGAGAGCCGGGCGCCCCCUCCUUCGGGUCACCUCGCCCUCGAGCGUCGCGUCCCUGAAGGCAUCGCCAGCUCGAGGUCAGGAGAGCUGCGAGAGGUCGAGGAGGAGAGGAGAGAAGAUCUGUUGAGGGCGACCGCGGCGGGGACCUGACGCCGAGGAGGACUUCGCCGAGAGAACUGUGACCUCUUUUUGGGUCAGCUCGCCAGCCAGGUCAUCGAGGAAGAGAGCGGCAGCGACCUUGAUUCGGAGAGGAUGAUGUGAGAUGCUGUGUUAAAGGUCAAAGGUCGAGAGCGGUAUUCGGAGCUGUGCAGUCAAAUGAACCAGCGUUUUCAUGACAAUAAAGCGUUAGGCAUUAAAUAAAAGAGGAAAUUAAAUGAAAAGCGAGGAUGAAAUGAGAUAAAAUUAUACAAAAAAGAGGAACAAGAAAGUGACGAAGGAUAACAGGAAAAAAAAAACAGGGAAAAGGAUUAAGGAAAAGAAGUCACCAAGAGAAAUGACAAACAGGAGCUGAAGGCAGAGAAGAGGGAGCACGAGUGUAAAAAAAGUUCUUAAGGAAGGAAGAGAAAGCGGUAAGGGAGCCUAGAUAUAAGAAAGGGGAAGCGAGUUAUGAAGAACUGCGGCGCCAUAAUAAUAGUGAACUUAGGAAAAUUGCCUUUGGUGGAAACAACAUAAUUCGCGCCUCGGGAGUAUAUUUCCCUAAUAUUUAGGUAUUUGUCUUUAUUAUUAAACUUUGGCCUAAUACGAACUCAGUCUCUACAAUUUACAGUUUAUGGUAUUGUAAAUUGCAUAUAUCUAAUAGAUGCAGAAAAGAAAACAAUUAUAAUUUUGAAUAUUUGAAAAAAAUGAUGCAUCGUAAGUGGAAUUUUGUUUAAUAAUCAUUCAUAAAUCAAUGUACGUUGUAAAGAGAUCAAAGUCGUGUAAAUAUGUAUAUAAUUGUGUGUUCCUGAUAUGCAAGUUGUAAUGAAACGCAUGUAUAUAUUAUGUAAACACUGUAUUUAUUAUCUGAAGCACAGUAAUAAAUGUCACCUGCCAUAACAGUUAACUAUUUAUGUACAUGUAUAUAA